AUGUCCACCACCAACCAAGUUCAAGUUCGACCUUGCGCCUUUGCCCAGGACUCCGCCAGUGCUCAACAUGUUCGUCUAUUCUUCAUUUGUAUCCAUUAUUUCACUAACUUCACCCUAAAGGACUAUAUCCCUAAAUUCGCAGCACAUUGUGCAUCCGCCACCAUCCAAUCACUCGAAGAAGCCCCUCAGUUUCUCCUAGACCCCAUGUUUGCGACUCCGCAAAUACACUUGCCGCACUUCAUUGAACUGGUUUUGCGAGACUCCGAUCUGUCGGUCCCAGCAGCAAUGACGGCCCUCACAGUAAUCAAUUGGAUGACUGAGGAUGGGCUUAGGAGUCCUGCCGCUUCCUCGAGUCCCCACCAUCUCUUCAUGGCCACAUAUCAAGCGCUUCUGCCACUCGUUACGGGCAUGCCGCGCUCUCUCCCGCCCUGGCGGGACGUGUGGGACCAUAUAUCGAUUUCCGAGGUCAUCAUAUGCAGGCUGGAAGUACGGGAAUUCCUAUCCACGCUUGACGAAGGAGAAUUUGCGCUCCUCAACAAUCUAGCCAGCCAGGAUACUAUCAAGACCAUUGACUAUCUCUAUGAUCUCGAACUCCUACAAGCUGAUAACGAGCAGUGGGAUUCGGAGGAGGAAGAGGAUUAUAUGGAGGAAGAUAUCGUCAGUCCCGGAAGAGUCUAUGACCAAGACUCAGAAUCCGGUUCUGAAUCUACUCUCCCUACUACUCCUGUCGGCGAGGUUUACGAGCCGUGGCCAGCCAAGAAGCUCCCCAUCACCCGCCGUGUUUGGAGACGAGUGCGACGAGCCAGCCCACGAAUUGCUAGGGCUUUCGGCUUUUGA